CUUCGAACGUAGCGAGCAGCAGUUUAUGAAAUUGGGAGAACAAAAAUUGUGCAAUAAAUCUCUUAUAUAACAGUGUAUAUAGAUGAGAAGUCAAAAGCGCUUGUAAGCACAAUGCACCCUCAGGGUUUCCAAGGUCGGGGCAUCCCUAUGACCCGCCCAAUGGUCCAGGGUAUGGCUACACAAGGAGGAGGUGUGAUGCCUAGCUUGUUGGGUCCAAUACCUGCUGGGAUGGGAGGGGUUCAGGGAGUGCAGCCGAUGAUGCCUGGGAUGCCCAUGAGUAUGCCAGGUGGAAUGCCAGGUGCUAUGCCUGGAGGUAUGCCAAGUAGUAUGAUGGGAGGAAUGCGACCCAUGCCAUUGAUGAUGAUGGGACAACCCCAACUGAUGCCUUUACGCCCUGGUAUGCCUGGGAUGGCUGGAGGACUCAUGCCUGGACAGAUGCAACAAUUUGAAGGUCUAGAGCAACAGGAUGAAGAUAAAGAAAAGGAUGAUACAAAACAAAAUGAAGACCAGGAACAAUCUGAGCAAGAUCUAGAUGGAUCAUCAUCCAGUCAACAGCUACAGAAGAUGCAUACUCCAUCUACUCAGUUACCAGGAAUGCCAACUCCUCAAUUAGGCUUGACCAGUCAGCCUUCUCCAAUGCCAGGACAACAAUCUGGUUUAAUAAGUCCCCAUCUCGGCUUAGCUGGCCAGUCAUUGGGCCUACCCAGCCAGCAGCUAGGUCUCCCUGGUCAACUAGGUUUACCUGGCCAACAACUAGGCCUUCCUGGUCAGCAACUAGGCCUUCCUGGUCAACAACUAGGCCUUCCUGGUCAACAACUAGGCCUUCCUGGCCAACAACUAGGCCUUCCUGGUCAACCUUUAGGGCUACCUGGUCAGCAGCUGGGAUUACCAGGGCUAGCAGGCCAGCAGCUUGGCUUACAAGGGCCUUUAGGUUUACAAAGCCAGCUAGCCAAUGCACAGUUAGGAUUAGCUGGUCAGCAGUUAGGGCCAGGGGGACAACCAGUUGGUCUUUCAAGUCAAGGAUUAGGAUUCCCUGGAGCACAACAGUUGGGAAUCACAAGUUCAGCAGGUCAGUCAGUCUCUAGUUCACAAUUAGGAGCCUCAGGACUAUCUACAUCCAUUAGCAGCCAGAGUUCUUUAUCUCAGUCAAUGGCAGGUGGAGCUCAACCUGGGGGGCUUACAAGUCAAGCUGGCCUCACAGCAGGUGGACAGUUUGGCCUCACAAGUCAACCACUAGGCCCUGGUGGACAACCUUUAAGUUUAACAAGUCAAGCUGCACUUAUGGGAGGUUCACCUUAUCCUAUUGCCAGUCAGCAGUUAGCUGCCUUACAAGGCCAACCGUUUGGUCUCCCAGGUCAACAGCUGGGGCCAAGAAUGCCUGGACAGCAACUAGGUCAGCUAGGUGGUGUACCAGGUCAACAAUUCGGCCAAGGGGGGCAAGCAUUAGGUCUUGGAGGUAUGGGAGCUCAACAGUUAUUAACAAGUGCUGGGCAGCAGGCAUUUAGUGGUCUUGCUGGCCAGCAGUUAUUUACUAGCGGGGGCCAGCCAUUGGGUCUUGCGGGGGCUCAGCUUGGGCUUCAGCAGCAGCUUUUACAGCAUCAGAUGUUAACUGGGCAGAGGUUACAACAGCCACAGAUGCAGGCCUGGUUGGCAGCACAGGGCCAGGAGCUGGAGGGGAUGGGGCUUGGACAGACUCAAGACCAGCAACAGGAAGACCUGAACCCAGAAGAUUAUGACUAUGGCCAAGGUAGCCAGGAAGAACCAGUCGACCCUGCCAAGUACAGAUCCACUUUGGAUGACUUCAACUCUGACCUUAAUCUCCUUAUAGAUGAUGAUGGCUUAAGUGCUGAACCACUGACAAAGCCCGAUGGAUUCUGUUUCUGUUGGGCAGGGGCUCGUGGCACAUUUGGGGUUACUCGAGGCAAGGUUUGCUUCGAAAUGACAAUUACGGAGCAUUUGCCAACAGAUUUUGGAGACGACCAUAAAGAGACUGAUCCUCAUGUUGUCCGAGUUGGAUGGUCCACAGAUUCAUCAUCAUUUCAACUAGGUGAGGAUCCAGAAUCUUAUGGCUACGGGGGCACUUCGAGAUUCUCCGAUAAUAACAAGUUCAGACUUUAUGGGCAGUCAUUUAGUAUUGGUGAUACCAUUACAGCCUGUGUGGACUUCAUGGCGCGACCUCCCUGUAUAUUGUACUGUAAAAAUGGCCGAAAUCUUGGCAAGGCAACUACAUUGUAUACCUUCCCAGUAGGUGAUAAAGAAAAGGCAUUAUUUCCACAUGUGCUUAGUAAGAACUGCAGAUUUGAAGUCAACUUUGGACAACGAGCACCAAGGUAUGCAGCGCCCCCUGGCUUCAUGUUCAUCGACCACAUCCCCACAGUGGACAAAGUCCGAGGCAUGGUUGCACCUGGGAAGAAAUCAGACUGUGAAAUCAUUAUGAUAUGUGGCCUCCCAGGGGCAGGGAAGACAACUUGGGGGAUGAAGAUGCAGAAGGAUCACCCUGAGAAACGUUACAACAUAAUCGGGACAGACACCCUCAUUGAUAAAAUGAAAGUGAUGGGUCUCCCACGUAAGAACAAUUACCAUGGCCGUUGGGAUAAACUGAUUUCCAAGGCAACAUACUGUCUCAAUAAACUGUUUGAAAUAGGGAGCAAAAGAAACAGGAACUAUAUUCUAGAUCAGACGAAUGUAUAUGCCUCUGCACGGCGACGCAAGAUGCGUUAUUUCCGUGGAUUCAGGCGAAAGGUGGCGCUACUGGUCACAAGUGAUGAGGAGUUAGAAAGACGAUCAUAUAAACGCACACAUGAAGAUGGCAAGGUUGUUCCAGAAACCGCAGUGCUUGAAAUGAAGGCCAACUUCUCACUUCCUGUAGUUGACGACAACUGUGAUGAGAUCAUGUAUAUUGACUUCAAGCAAGACCAAGCUCAGAAAAUCAUUAAAUCGUAUAACGAGGAAGGCAAGAGGAAGAGACCAUCAAGGGAAGAAGCAUUCCCCAAUGAUUUCAGAGGACAGGCCAGGGAUGGUAGUCAUAAACGUCCUUACGAUGCGAGAGAUCGUGAAUCACAGGGGGGUGGCAAUAGAUGGCAGCAAGGUGGCUACCCUGAUAAACGUGUCAAGGGUGGCGAACCUCAUACUAGUGGUCUAGGGCUCCUUCAGCAAUACUCGGAGCCUAGUGCCACCACAAGCGUCAAACAAGAGCAGUCAAUCAAACAAGAAGUUACUUCUGAUUAUGGUUCAUAUGGAGGGGGUUCCAGUCGUAGCAGCAGCGUGGACCAAUGGGGAAGCUCCAGUCAGGCAGAUAGUCAAUAUUCUGAUCAGCGACAAGUAGGCUAUGGUGGCCAAUCAGGGACUGGCUAUUAUGGUAAUUUCAAUGAAAGUAGUUCCGGCACUGACAGGAAACCUAAACAGGAGAGAGACGGUUACUCCGGGUAUGGCGGUGAAUCUAAGGGACGAGAUGACACUAGUUUUAAUCGUGAUCAGGAUUAUAACCGCAGCCGUGAUAGAGGUGGAAGUUAUGACAGGAGUCGUGAUGACCGCCAGGGUCGUGAUUAUAACCGUGAUAAGAGGAGCUCUGGAAGCAGUGACCGAAGUGGGGAUUAUAACCGUGGGGGUAGCAGCUAUAACAGGGAUGAUAGAUCCAGGUCUGGAAGUAGCUCAAGGGACUCAUAUAACAGAGGAUCAGAGUAUAAUCGGCAGGGAGAUAGAUCUGGUAGUGGAAGUGGUGAUUACGAUAAAUCUGAUAGUAGAUCAGGAUAUGAUAAAUCCAACAGGGACUAUGAGAAAACAGACUCUAGUCUAGCCAGCUAUGAGAAUCGUGGAACCAGGGGCAGUAAUUCCGAUGAACGUUAUGGAAAAUGGCAGUCGGCUACAACAUCCCCAGAUGUAAAAAAAAGAAAAUCACGUUGGGGAGAAAGUGACGCAGCCGAAAUGAAAUCUGAGCCCAGUGAUUGGUCAUCUGCCGCUAGUGCUGGAGACAGCGCCACUUAUGGUGAAAAACCAGCCACCUCAUUAGCUACACAAGCCCCAGCCCCCGCAGAUGCUGGUUUAUUAGGGGAGUACCCUGGCCUGCCCUCAGGUCUCCCCCCUCCCCCUCCUCCCCCAGAAAUGAACACUGUUAAGGUGGAGCCACCAGUGCAACCGCCCAGCUCAGCAGGAUUUCCUCCAUCCCAGAAUCCCUUCAUGGCUGCAGUAGAGGCCCCUAUGCCUCCCCGUGGCCCUAGACCUCCAAUGGGCCCCAUGGGUCCCAUGAUGGGGAGACUCCCUAUGGGUGGGCCUAGACCAGGCAUGGGCCCUAGACCGGGAAUGUUCCCUGGAGGACCUGGGAUGUUCCCUAGGCCAGGCAUGCCUGGGUUUAGACCCCCAAUGAGCCAAGGUUUCCCAAUGAGGCCUGGUUGGAGGCCCCAGCGUUUCUAAAAUCAUCCACUUGAUAUACACACCUAUAGCUGUAAGAGAGGAGACUUGAG